AAGCAAACUCUCUACGUCGGCCCCCAGACCGUGCCUGCGGCCCCCCCAGCUCCCGGGGCUCUUCCAGGGCGCCGAGCUGAAGCCCGACGAGGUGAAAGGCGGCCACAGGGUGACCGAAUUCCUCACCUACAACUGCCUGGCCACGGACACGGACCUCUACAGCGAGUGCCUGCGGAGCUUCUGGACGUGUCCCCACUGCGGUCUCCACAUGCCCUUCACCCCGCUGGAGCGAAUGUGCCAUGAGAGCGCCUGCCAGCCCUCCGAGGCCCCCCCCGGAGGAAGAGGCUGGGAGCUCUUCGAAAACCUCCGCCCUGCACCGGCUCUACCACUGCGACAUCUGCCAGCAGGACUUCACCCUCACGCCCACCGAAAUCCUCCGGCACAAGAAGCAGCACCGGUGACCCCCGGGACGGUGGAGACCCCCCAAAACUGGGGGGAACCCCCUGCUUUGGUGCCCCUUGGAGACGUUGGCUGCAUCCUUAGGGACGUCGUGUGGCUCAUCGCUGACACUGUCGCGUGUCCUCAGCUCGAGCGGCCAGGCGUGGCGAGGGAGGAUGCUGAGCGCUUCUUCAUCCCCUUUUUUUUUAGGAACUCCAUUUGCUCACCCACCAGGAAAAAUGAAAAGAGCCAGGCAUCAUCACCGCUGGUAGGAGAGCACUUUUUAAAAAUUAAGAAGCAGCCCAAAUCUCGCUGCUCUUUCAUCAUUAACAACUGUUCUGGAAAAAUAAAUAAUAAAAUAAAACCUGCACCACUUUAUCCUGUUUUACUGCCGUAUUUGUCCAUAAAAAAAAGACCUUUGAAGU